ACUUUCUGCAAGGGCUGUGCACCAGGAAAUGGAGGCGCUGCUCUCAUGAUGAUGAUGAUGAUGAUAAUUGUGUAGCUGCAGCAGCAGAGUGCAGCAGACCCUGAACUGGGAGGAGGAAAUCAGCGGCAGCGCAGACAGAAAACUUUCAGCAAUUUUUGGGUUGUAUUUAGGGUUGAAGAUGAGCGAAGCAGAGCAGCCCAGACUUGAGCUUUUCGUAAAGGCAGGAAGUGAUGGUCAGAGUAUCGGCAACUGUCCCUUCUCUCAGCGUCUAUUCAUGGUCCUGUGGCUGAAAGGAGUGACCUUCGACGUCACCACAGUGGAUAUGAAAAGGAAACCAGACAUCCUAAAGGAUCUGGCUCCUGGAGCUCAGCCUCCUUUCCUCCUGUACGGCGGCGAGGUUAAAACUGACACCAACAAAAUCGAGGAAUUCAUUGAGGAAACUCUCGCUCCUCCAAAAUAUCCCCGUCUGGCUGCUCGUAAUCCGGAGUCCAACACAGCAGGAGUGGACGUCUUCUCCAAGUUCUCUGCUUACGUCAAGAACUCAAACCCUCAGACUAACGACAAUCUAGAGAAAGGUCUUCUGAAGGCUCUGAAGAAGCUGGACGACUACCUCGGCUCCCCACUUCCUGACGAGAUCGACGAGAAUAGCGCUGAUGAGGUCACUUCCUCAACACGCCCUUUCCUGGAUGGCCAAGACCUAACUCUGGCAGACUGCAACCUGCUGCCAAAGCUGCACAUUCUGAAGGUGGUGUGUUUGAAGUACAGAAAGUUUACCAUUCCCGAGUCUCUGACAAACGUCUGGAGGUACCUGAACUCUGCAUAUGCCAGGGAGGAAUUUAGCUCAACCUGUCCAAUCGACGAGGAGAUCCACAUGGCUUACUCAUCUGUAGCUAAAGCUCUCAAGUAGGAAGAGGAUGCACAAUGUGAAAGUAAAAAGAAUAAUCCACACAGACGACAGUUAAGCAAAUAUUCACUCUGUAAACCACCCAGAUCUGUUUCCCUGACGAUGGGUGUUCCCUUAAAUCCAUGUUUACCUUUUAAUACCAUUGGAAGUCAGAGAGCACACCCACCCACAGGUGUAUCUUUGUACUUUAGACAGGAUCCGUUUACAUCAGCAGGGAGGUGAGGGCAGGUGUAGACAAUCCAGGAAAAACUCUUCCGAUUAUAUUUUUAAAAACAUUUAGCAAAACAUAUUUUUACAAAAAUUUUUUUUUAUUGUUUUACCUUUAUUUAUGUACUUCAUCAAGUCAAUUCAGAGGUAGAUAAAGGUUUUAUGAGGUUCUAAAAUACAAUAUGGGUCCAUUUAUUCUCACCUUAAAAGAGGUAUCUGCCACUAACAUAGCAAAAUAGUGCUUUAUUUAAAUCUUAGUAUGGCAUGAGAUUCUACCUGAAUGAUAACCUUGAGAUCAAAAAAAAAGUUUAAGGUAAGAUCAGAAUACAAAAUAGUGUUACACAAUAAUUUCUACUCCUGCUGAAUUUCAACAGUUGAAGUGACACUAGCUGCUCUGUCCCGGAUGUACAAUCCGUACCAUCUCAAAAGCUCAGAAAUACUAAGCAUACUAAAAUAUAAUGUGUUAAAGAAUAAAAAUAAUUUCCUGAAAAAAUAAA